UUAUCACUGUGAUCGAUGAGCGCAUGCUCGCCUGAGGCGGGUCCUCACAGACCACAGUCUGCCCUGGAGGUGGGGCCUCGAGCACCUACGUGUUGUGCUAUAAGGGGCGGAACCCGGGCGAAGGUGCAGGGGCUCGGGUGGGUGGUCUGCACGCCAGUGGGCCGACCCACAGGGAAGCAGGCGAGGGAUGGACAAUUUCAAGUUUUCCCAAUGGGAGCAUUAGAGCGCGUCCUCGCUUCUGCUGCCUGCCUGGGAACGGGUGCAGAGGCUGAGGCCUGGGGGCUGCGACCCGGCUCUGCGAUGCGGCACCUCGGUGCAGUGCUCGGGAAGCGGGCAGCGGACUGCGAGCAGAGCCAGGAUGCAGCCCUGCCUUCCCUGCCUUCCCAGCUUCUGCGCUCCUCUGGAUGUGAUCCUUGCCGAGGAGCCACGAUGCCGGCCACACGCGGCAAACCCAGGCCCAAGGUCAGCUGGUUCUUGGCCUCGAUUAAGCCUGCCCGUUGGGAGUCUUGGUCCUGUGUAACGCAUUCCUGUGCUCUUCCUGCGGCCCGUGCUUGGGACCUGAGUCGCAGCCCAGAUACCUGUGUGAGUCCAGCUCCUCUCCUGAACAACAGUGUGACCUGCAGUGAGCCCCCUCAUGGUGCUGGGCCUCGGUGUCCUCCUCCGGGCACUGGUGACAUUUGUGGACUUGGCUGUCUACUUCUCCCAGGAGGAGUGGGAAUGGCUGAGCCCCUCACAGAAGGACCUGUACGAAGAGGUCAUGUUGGAGAACUACCGGAACCUGGUGUCCAUGGGGCUGGGCCUGACCUCUGGCGCCCACCUCAUGGUCCACACCCAUGUCCAGGUCUGUGCCUUCGGAGGCCAAAUGUCAUCACCUUGCUGGAGAAAGGGAAGGAGCCCUGGAUGGUGGAGCCACUGAGGCGACGCUGGGCCCUUGCAUCUAAGUCUGAGGCCAAGAAAUCACCAAAGCUGUGCAGCAAAUCUAAACAAAUCUUCUGUCAAAGACCAGUUACUAUGCAAGUAAAGAUUCCCACCGGCAAGAGGGUAGAGUUACUCCGAAGAAAAGCCAAGAAAAGACUUCUACGGAAGAAAUCUUUGAAAUGCGAGGACUGUGGGAAAACCUUUAGCCAGUGCUCCUCGCUCAAACUCCAUCAGAGUGUUCACACCAGAGACAGGCCUUACGAGUGCAGCCGUUGCAGAAAAGUUUUCAGACAGAUCGCAUCCCUUCUUCUUCAUCAGAGAAUUCACAGCGAAGUGAAAAGCUAUGUGUGUGAUCAGUGUGGGGAAAGUUUCAGUAAGAGCAUAACCCUUAUUCUACACAGGAGGAUUCACAGCAGAAAGGAAAGUCCCGAUGGUGGGUUGGCCUCCAGUCCCAGCUCAUCUCUCAGCACCCUCCAGUGCAGGAAAUGCAGGACAGCCUUCAGUAACAGGGCAGCCCUUUUACUUCAUGAGAGGAUUCAUAGGCAAAAGAAAAUACACAAGUGUAAUACGUGUGGGAAGGGCUUCAAAAAGGAAUCAGUGCUUGUUGCACACAGAAAAGCGCAUACCAGAGAGAAAGCCCCCCAAAAUGAGAAGACCUUAGGUCAGAAUACACAGCGAAGAAACCGGUCUUUCAAAAAUCCUUUUAAAUGCAAAAAGUGUGGUAAGUCCUUUAGUAGGGUUUCACCUCUUUUGCUUCACCAGAAAACCCAUACUUCAAAGCAACGCUACAGAUGUGAUGAUUGCAGGAAGGAUUUUCAGCGGCUUUCAGCCUUCAUUCUCCAUGUAAAAAUGCACAAGGGCCAGAGGGCUUAUCGCUGUGGUAAGUGUAGGAAGGCCUUCAGGCGGGGUUCAACCCUUGUUCAACACCUCAAAGUUCACAAGAGGAAGAAGAAGCUCUUGGAGUGUAAAGAGUGUGGGAAGAUGUUCUCUGGACCCGCAAACCUGAAGAUAUACCUGAAUGUACAUUCCGAAGAGCAGCCUUUCAGAUGCGCUAAGUGUAGCAAGGUGUUUGGCCGCCAGUCAUUCCUUACUGAACACCAACGAAUUCACACUGGGGAAAAACCCUAUCAGUGUGAGGAAUGUGGGAAAGCCUUCAGCCACCGGAUAUCCCUGACUCGGCAUAAGAGAAUUCACAGUGAAGACAGGCCCUACGAAUGUGAGGAGUGUGGGAAAGCUUUCAGCCAGAGCGCCCACCUUGCCCAGCAUGAGCGCAUUCACACCGGAGCGAAGCCCUACAUCUGUCAGACGUGUAGGAAGGCCUUCAGCCAGCGCACGUCCCUCAUCCUGCAUGAGAGAAGUCACACCGGAGAGAAGCCCUAUGAGUGCAGAGAGUGUGGGAGGGCCUUUAGCAGUGGGUCAGACCUUAUUCGACAUCAGAGAAGUCAUUCUGCACAGAAACCCUAUGAGUGUAGUGACUGUGGGAAGGCAUACAGCAGGAGCUCAUCCCUGAUUCGACAUCAGGGCACACAUACUGAAGACAGAGCCUGAGGUGGAUUUCUGGUGCCUGCGUGCAUGCGUAUUUUGAAGUGAUGCAUUGAUAUAUUUCCCAGGCUAGCCUUGCAUUCUUGGGCUUAAGCAUUUCUUCUGCUUCAGCCUCCCAUGUCACUUUUUGAAGGCUAUAAAAGCUAAGAACAAGGCUAUCAAAGCAGUGAGAAGCCUGGGAAAACCACAGAUGUCCUUGAUUUAUGAUGCAGUUUUACUUGCUAUUAUCUCUUCAUAAAUUGAAAAUAUAGUAAUCAGAAAUGUGUUUGGGUCAGGUGUGAUGGUGCAUGCCUGUAAUCCCAAUUUUGGGAAGCUGAGGCAGGAGCAUUCCCUUGAGUUCAAGGUCAGACUGGGCUACAUCAUAAGCUCUAGGUUAUCUGAACUAUGUACUGAGACCUUGUCUCAAAAAACAGUAACAAAAUUAAAGUGUUUUACACCUAACCUACCGGACAUCGUAGCAUAGUGGCGUAGUGCAGCGUACAGUUCUGGUUGUUCACUCUCAUUGUGUGGCUUCCUCUUCUGCUGCUGCCCAGUGUUGUGGGAGUGUCGUGAGAGUGUUGUGCCGCUUGGUGCUGGCGUAGGAACAGAUCACAAUUUGAAGUACAAUUUGUACUGACUACACAUAGCUUAUACAUCAUCGUAAAACCAAAACAUCCUAGGUCACAUCAUUGUAAGUUGGGGACAGUCUGCAGUGGUCCUUAACUUCUGUGUAUGCAGAGCACUAGGUGAUGUGCCUCCAUUUGAAAGCCAAAGAGCAAAAGUCCGUGGUGACUUUUGAUGUCAGGAUUUGAAAUCUCCCGCAAUGAGCUCAGGAAGAUUGGAUGAGUCUUUGUAAGAGAAAACUGUCUUUCACUCCAUAUUUCUAGUGUAGUUUUGAAAAUAUAUCACUGGUCACAUUCAGUCAAAGAGAAUCUCGAAGCCCGUUUGCAGGGAUGGGGUUUUGUCUUCUCUGACUUAAGGUCAUAUGAAGAAAGAGUUUGAAUUUGUUCCCCAGAGCUGGAAGGGUUUUCCUGGCAGAAGUGUGGCCCUUUCACCUGGCAGCAGCUCAUGGGCAACAGCGAGGAAAGAGUCUUCGACAGCUGGAGGUGACAUUCCUAAUGGUGUGGAGCAGCCGUUACCUUGUGUCGUCUUCUUGGAUAUGACAGUGUGGCAUGCAGACCUGCAGGCUGGAGGAGGAAGAGACAGGAGGCAGUGAAGAACGAGGAACUUCAGGGAGAAAUUUUGUAUUUGAAGAUAAAUUGUCUAUAUUCAUAUGAAUAAAUGUUCAUUUUCAUAUAAUGUGUGCAGUAAGCUUUGAAAUACAUGUCAUUAUAAGCUGAGUGUGUUGCCUUAAAAUUCCUAUGUUGAAGUGUGAUGGUGUUUGGGUUUCCUCAGUGUGACAGUAUGUGGACCCACCCUGUGUGACAGUAUUUGCAGCCCCCAAUGUGAUUGUAUCCCCCCCCACCUUGUGACGGUAUUUGGAACCCCUGCCCCUGCCCCAGGUGAUGGUAUUCGAAAGUGAGGUGCCAGAGACAGAUGAGUUCACAAGAGUGAGGCUUGCGAGGUUGAGGUGUUGCUGGUACAAGAGACGCUGGAGAACUUGCACGAUUUCUGCAUCAUGGUAUCUGCAAACCAAGAACAUCCCUUGCAGGAAAGGACUUGGCCAGGCUGACUUCCGGCAUCCAGAACUGGGGGCAGGGAGGGCCGUUGUUUAAGUCACCUGGUCUGUGGCACUUGGUUCCAGCACCCUGAGCGGUCUUGGGUAUGGUGACUCCUGGGUUCCUGUACUGGGCCUUCUUUUCGGCUGCUUACCAUAUUGUGAUGGUCACUGGUCCCCCAUUCCAACUCGUGUGAAAUAUGUUACAAAUAAAAUGGGAGGCGUGUUUGUGGUCAUGUGCA